AAUAGAAAACAGUUUAAACAGCAAUAUUAAUAUUUGUAUUCUGAUUAAAUAGAUGCUGUCUUGGUGAGACUUUUGAGCGUGAGCCCAAACUUCUGAGCUCUAGUGUACCUGAACGUCACGACAUGAGCGCCUCCGCUGGACAUUAUUUAAACGGUGCGGGCGUGUUUUCCCCGAUCGGUGCCGCGCGUGUGUGUCAGCUAACGCUGUGCUGCGCCGUCGUCGCUCUGGUGAUCCACGCCGCCGGUUACAGCGCCACCUACGGGACGUUCUGUAUGGCGGUUUGGACGUCGUGCUUCUCCAUCACAGCGUGUGUGUUCGUGCUGGACGUGACCCGCCUUCACGCGUGUCUCCCCGUGUCGUGGGAGAAUCUGACCGUGACGUUCGCGUCUCUAGCCGUGUUGCUCACGCUAACCGCGUCUGUCAUGUAUCCCGUGUACUUCGUGCGUGCGAACGACUGUCCUUCCAACAACUGCGACGUACGAAACUACCGUAUCGCGGUGACCGUGUGCUCGUGGGCGGCGUGCGUCGCGUACGGGACCGAGGUUUUUCUGUCGCGCGCUAAACCGGGUCGUGCCGUCGGCUACAUGGCGACUCCAUCCGGCAUCCUGAAAGUGGUGCAAAUCUUCGUAGCAUGCGUGAUUUUUGUGAUGCUAGCUAACGGGAGUGAUUUCUCACGCCACGUGGCGACGGUUUACUGCGUGUCGGUGUUCGGCGUGUGCUUCGCCGCGUCGGUGCUGCUGGUGGCGCUGACGGUCUCGGGUCGGACCGCGGCGGUGCGACUGCCGUUCGAGCGGGUUGUGGUCGUCUACACGUUCGUAGCGGUGCUGCUAUACUUUAGCGCUGCUGUGGUGUGGCCCGUGUUUAGCUUCGACCGGAAGUACGGCGCUCCGCUACGACCGCAGGGCUGCCCGAGCGGGAAAUGCUCGUGGGACGUGAAGCUCGCCGUCGCCGUGUUGUGCUUCAUCAACCUCUCACUUUACAUCGCAGACCUCGUGUAUUCGCAGAGGAACCGGUCGGUGGCGCAGCGUUCUCGAGUCUAGCGAGAACAUGCGUCGAUGAAACCGUGA